AUGUCGUCGCCCCGGAUUUCGCUGUCCGCCUCUUCGCGGCCCGCACGUCUAGACGACUACCUAGGACUAUCACACCCCCCUCAAGCCCGAAAAUCAUGUAUCGUCAAGCCGCUCUCGAUACAAGUAGCCGACGGCCCAGACGGCGCGGUAUCAGGAUUCCUACACCUACCGCCGACGACGUCUGCGACACCCACGUGCAGCACAGCAGCCAUACUGGUCUCGGGCGCAGGAGGCGGCGUCGUAGGACCCUCAUCGAUAUACCUUUCUCUCGCAGACAAGCUGGCGUCCCUCAGGCAGCCCGUGCCGGUCCUCCGACUCGACUACCGGUUCCCCGCGCGCACCAAGUACUCCGUGCGCGACGUGGCAGCGGCCAUGGACGAGCUGCAAUCCUGCUACGGGAUCCAGCACUUUGUGCUUGUGGGAUGGUCGUUUGGCGGCGCGUCCGUCUUCAGCGUCGCAGGCAGCGACACCCGCGUGGUGGGCUGUGCGACGGUGGCAAGCCAGACGGCCGAAACAGACGCAAUCGCGUUGCUGGCACCGCGGCCGCUAUUGCUACUGCAUGGCACGGGAGAUCGCACGCUGAGCCCUGCGUGCUCGCGCCGCUUGUACGAGGGAUACGGCGUGGGGGGCUCGCGCGAGUUGAGGCUUUUCCAAGACGACGAUCAUGCUUUGACGCGGAAUUCGCUCGAGGCGGAGCAGUGCAUCGGCGCGUUUGUGCUGCGGUGUGCGGGACUGGAUGGGCAGGCUGAGAGGGAUGGGCUGACGGAGAGGCUGGUGGGUGAAGGGGAGAAGAUCGAGUUGAUGAGGAGAGGGGGGGAUUUGAGGCGGAAUAAGAGUGUAGAGUAG